UGGACGUUCGAUAGUCGCAGAGACGUGGUUGCUGAUAACGUGGGUGUGAUGAUGCGUAUCCUGUGUGUGCGGGAGCUCCGGCGGUUCGUCCCGCUCUCUCGGGUCGGGACACACGCGUCCUGCGACUCUCUCGCUCUCUCUCAGACCCGGCUGGGAUCGGGACGGCGCUGGAUCUGCGCCUCCUCCUCCUCCCCGGCUCCUCAGAGAACCCCGCCCGGAGACGGUCAGCUCGAGCAGGACGCCUCGGCGGAAACGGAUCCUCUUCAGGACCGGUCCAUGGGCCUCGCUCAGAGAUUCAAGAGGACCUUUAAGCAGUACGGGAAAGUGGUGAUCCCUGUGCACCUGCUCACGUCCUGCAUGUGGUUCAGCGGCUUUUACUACGCUGCCAUGAAAGGAGUGAACGUGAUGCCGUUCCUGGAGUACGUCGGAUUUCCAGAUAAACUGGUGAAACUCCUGGAGAACUCGCAGAGCGGCUACGCGCUGACCGCGUACGCCAUGUAUAAGAUCGCCACUCCGGCACGCUACACGCUGACGUUAGGCGGGACGUCUCUCUCGGUGAAGUAUCUGCGUAAACACGGCUACAUGUCGACGCCGCCGCCGGUUAAAAAGUACCUGCAGGAGAAGAUGGGGGAGACGAGGGACCGCUUCUCCGAGAGGAUCGAAGAAACCAAGGACAAGAUCACGGAAAAACUCCAGGAGACCAAAGACAAAGUGGGCUUCCGGAAAAAAAACGAAUAAACCCGGACGACCUCGUCGCUGCGUAAAUAAUCACAUAUAAAUAUUAAAUAAAGGCUCCGUGUGAGACGUGCACUACUGACAUCACUUCCUGUUCACUCGUCCGUUCAUUCUAAGAAAACAUUUUUUAAACAUAUGGUGACAUUUUGGAUCAACCCCCAAAUUUCCCUUUUUUAAUUUUUUUUAUCAGUUUGCAUGAGGGCAGCUUCGCUAGCAGGAUAGCAGAUACUUAGCAGAUUAGCCGCUGUUCUAGCUACAAAUCGCCCGCCGUACUUUAACCCCUUUCCAAGAUGGCGGAGACGGUGCCGUGUCUCGCGGAUGCUAUAGAUAUGUGAUAAACUGUGAUAAACCUAGCGAGCUCGCGUUAAUCCGUUCUUAAAUACGCUAGCUAGUGCUACAACAUAUUGUCCCAGGCUUAGCUAAACAAGGGUAGCUACAUAGCGAGCUAGCUUCUUAAAGUAUAAAGUAAGUAGCUUAUUUAAUAACAAGCUAACACUAAUAGAAAGCAAACAGCUUCAACAUCAUUUGACACAAAUGAUAAAAAUCAAAAGGGUUCUUAAUCGUUUAUUAUUGAAAUUUAUGAAUAAUUGUAAAGAUAUUAAUGAUGAUAAAGGUUGUGGUUGCUGAGCAGCGCUGACGGUUUAGAGGCGAUUAUAAAGAACAGGUGUGUGACGUCAUUAAAGCAGCAGUGUGUGAUGUUUAGUUCAGCGCCCUCUGCUGUCUGGGAAUGAAACUGCAAUUAACACAGAGGACUUCUCUCUCUACUGAAAUUAUGUAUAUGUAUUCCUUUUAAGGAAGGUGGGCGGAGCUAAGCAGCUCUCUAUGACCUGGGGGCGGGGCUCAAUUCUGGCUGAAAAGAAACGAGAUAUUAACGAGAUGUGUUGAAUCCAGUUUUUUUUUGUUUGUUUGUUUGUUUUUCUGAAAUUAUUUAAAAAAUAAAAGCUGUAUGAAUGUAUAAAAUAUGGUGAACGUUACAGGCCGCUCCUUCAGCAGCACAGAGAUGGUUUAAUUGGAUUAAAUGUGAUUAAACGCCUCGAUUAAGAUCAACGCAAUCAUUGGAAUGUUGUAAUAUUUAUAACAGGACCUCAUGUUUCUCCUGCAUGUCAGACUGAAAGCUAAGCUUUUAUCAUAUCUGUUGCAGUCUUGUGUUCGAUAUUUAAACCUCGGCUCUCGGAGUCGUUUAUUUUCAUGGCGCGUGUUGAAUGUGGCGGGAAAUCUGCGUGGUUGCUAUGAUACCGUCCACCAUUUUGACUGACAUGAAGUGAAAAAAUAAACUAAAAUUUAAAUAAGA